UGCACGAUGACGUCAUCAAGACGUCUGAAUGGAAACCGGACAAUACUUUUGUUAUACGAUUACACAUUUUUUAGAUGAAUGCAUGAUUACAAGUCCCACACGAGCACGAAAGUGUAACACGAGGAAGCCCUUAAACACACAUACAUGUACGUCACGUUUGCUAUUGACCUUCCUCACUGGGACUAAAGUAUCUUAAGUGGGAUGUCGGCUCAGAAGGACUGCGAGUUCCUUGUGAAGAGGGCUCGGGAGCUGGUCUCGGAUGACCCGUGUGCAGCCAAGGCAUGGCUGAUCACCGCCCGGACCCUGUACCCCGCAGACUUCAACAUACAGUACGAGAUGUAUACGAUAGAGAGGAAUGCGGAGAGGACCGCUUCGGCCGGCAGAUUACUGUAUGACAUGUUUAUAAACUUCCCUGACCAGCCCGUAGUUUGGCGUGAAAUUAGUGUCAUCACAGCUGCCCUGCGCAGUGACUGUCAGGACAAACAUGCGCUGUUCCUCCGAGGACUGUUUGAGACCCUGCCUGGUCGCGUGCAGUGUGAGAUGCUACUCAAGGCUACAGAGCAGUGCUUCAACACUUUGGAGAAGGCAGAGAUGCUGCUCCUUCUCCUCAAGCGCUUCCCGGAAUCAGUGGUCCAACACGGAGUGAACCUCGGAGAGACACUGCUGGAGGCAGAGGUGUCAGAAAGCAUCGACAACCCCGUCAACUGCUUCAGAAAACUCUUUGUGUGUGAGGUCCUUCCACUGAUCAUAAACAACGUGGACAUGCGCUUGCCUGCGAGCCUGCUGCAGAAGUACAUCCUGAAAGCGGCGGAGUUCUCCAUCAGCUACGUUGCCCGCAGCCCUUCAGCGGACGGACAGAUGCAGGGCGCCCCCGAGGUGGGCUCGCUGAAGUCCCCGAGCGGCUCCCGCGGGCCCCAGCGCUACGUGAUCGAGGGCCUGUCGGAGAAGUCCUCCAUGGUGACGGAGCCGUGGGAGCGGCUGUUGGACAUCCUGGCCGUGGUCGGGGCGCGCUGCGAGUGGCAGGGGGACAAGGGACAGAGGAGCUACGUGGAGCUGCUGCAGAGGGUGAAGGAGCUGUGCCGCUACCUGCCCAGCCUGGAUGGCGAGAUGCGGGCGCGCUACUGCAGCCAGAUGGUCAUAUGCUCGGUGCUGGUUCUGUUCCGCAGCGCCUUCCUGUACGCCGCCGUCGUGCAGCCCGCCCUCUUCCAGGGUCUGAACGCGCUGAGCUCUGGGCCCUGGAUCCUGCUGGAGGACCUGAGCCUGGUGUACAGCGACCUGGAGGCGGAGCGGGCGCCCGGCAAACACGGACACAAGAAGCGCAAGAUGGCGGACGGGCGGGAGAAGACCACGAGCUCUGAUGAUGAGGAGGGUCUUGGAAAGGGGCGUGGCCGACACAUUCUGGUAAACAGGACGGAGAUGCCCGGCUGGUCGGAGACACUGGAGAGCUUCCGCAUGGCGAGGGAGAGCUGGGAGCUUCUGCACUCCCACGAGAUCCUGGAGACCGAGUUCAAGAAGAUCUGUGCUUCGUGGAAGACGGACAACUGGCUGUGGUUCCGAAUCUUCCUCACGGACAUGACCAUAUACCAGGGUCAGUACCGGAAGGCGCUGUCGAGCCUGCACCAGAUGGCCGCCGUGCAGCAGCCUCAGCCGGGCCAGCAGAGUCCCUCGGGACAGGCCAGCCUGGAGGGCAGCAGGGCCCUGAUCCAGCAGGCCUCCUGCCACUACGCCCUGGGAGAGUACAGGGUGGCCUGUGAGAAGCUUCUGGACGUGGUGGGCGGGCUGGUGCCCCCGACCCACGAGCCGGUCAAGACCCCGGAGGAGCAGGGCAAGGCCAAGAACAAACCCAGAAAAGGAAGCGACCUGCGACUGCUGCCCUGCACCAGCAAGGCCAUCCUGCCCUUCUGCCUGCAGCUGAUGUUCGCCUGCUUCAAGCUCCGUGUGUUCACAGACAGCCGUGACGACCUGUCGCUGGGCCACGUGGUGGUUCUGCUGCAGCACGACUGGCCCCAGGGCGAGAGCCUGUUCCUCAAGGCGCUGGACAAGAUCAUCCAGCAGGCCAGCUUCCAGUACGAGAACUUCUUCAACUACGUCACCAACAUCGACAUGCUGGAGGAGUUUGCCUACCUGCGCACUCCGGAAGGGGGGCGGAUCCAGCUGGAGCUGCUGCCCAAUCAGGGCAUACUAAUCAAGAACCCUAGUCCCGCCCUGGCUGGGGCGGAGUUAAAUACCCUCCUGCUACAAGGGGCCCAGACCAUAGACAGACACCACACGGUGACGAGAGGCAUCACCAAGGGGGUGAAGGAGGACUUCAGGCUGGCCAUGGAGCGGCAGGUGUCGCGCUGCGGAGAGAACCUUCUGGGGGUCCUCCACCGCUUCUGCCUCAACGAGAAGAUCAUGAUCAUCCAGUCUCUCCCGUGACCGCGGGGAACCACAAGAACUACGCUUCCCAGCAGGAGACGGUGGAUCACGUACGCCUGCUUUUUGGGGUCUGCAGCCCGGCCCCUAGAGACUGUGGUCGUUCCGGCGUAACAGAUAGAUGGCUGGAGUUGUCAUUGGAGACCGACGUGCUACACAGACACGUGCACGUACACUUAUAGGUAACAGACGCACACAAACAUUGAUCGUGGACUUUUCUUUCUUCAUGGAUCCCUGUUUGGAGAGUAAAUAUGUAUUUAAUAUCGUUUUUCUAUCGUAAAUAGGUCCGCUUUUUGGCUCUCUGGUCUUUCAAGAAGUUUGAAGUUAAGUUUCAUCAAACACAAUUAUUUUUAUAUGUGUGGCUCCUUUGCGAUUGUGAGGGUCAGAUAAUUGAUUCAACUAAUUCAAACACAUUCUUGGCACUGUUUAGUGUACGUGUAUUUUGUACGUUAUAUACUGUUAGUUGGUAUACAUGUUUCCAUUAAAAGUCAAAUGAUGAAUCUGGA